UACUGCUAGCCGAAAACCAGUUUCAACAACUUGUUGCGCCACGUUCUAAAUAGACAUGUCGUAUCGUUUUGGAAGUGCAUUGAUAAUCUCAGUAUCACAACAUGAGCCUGGAAAGAAAAGUGCAAAAUGCGUGCGUUAUUGUGCUUGGUGAUAUUGGACGCAGCCCGCGGAUGCAAUAUCACGUCAAAAGCCUCUCGGAGAACGAUUUUUCGGUAGACUUCAUUGGCUAUGUACAGUCGACGCCCCUCGAAGAAAUUCGUCGCAGCCCUAAUGUACGGAUCCAUGCUCUCAAUCCCUUUCCUGAACUGGAAUUGCCAAACAUUCUGAAGUAUCUGUUUAAAACCGUAUGGCAAGCUCUAGGGUUGUUGAUCACUCUGAUCAGCAUACAGAAGCCAAAGUUCAUACUUUGUCAAAACCCUCCGGCGAUCCCCGCCGUAAUUGUGGCAUACUUGUAUUGUCUUUUGGCCCGUUCGAAGCUAAUCAUUGACUGGCAUAAUUACACUUAUUCGAUUCUGGCCAUCGAGUCCCCAAACUCGCCAGUGGUACGAUUCGCUAAACAGAUAGAGGCCUUUUUUGGUGCAAGAGCGACUAACAGCUUCUGUGUUACAAAGGCGAUGAAAGAAAAUCUGCAAGCGGAAUGGAACAUUCGGUAUGGGUUCGCUACAGUGUUGUACGAUCGUCCACCACAGCAAUUUCAAUCGAUCAGUGUUGUGGAGAAGCAUAAUCUCUUUCUGCGCCUUGGUGAAUCUAUCGCUGCCUUUAGACCGGCAUCAGCCAGUCAAGCAGUUGCGGAGGAAAUAAUUGAAAGUACGGCUUUCACCGUAAAAGACCGGAAUGGUAACGUAAAAUUGCUUGACUCGAGGCCGGCAGUCCUGAUCUCCAGCACCAGCUGGACGCCGGAUGAGGAUUUUAGCCUUCUGAUCAGUGCCCUGGAUCAUUACGAAAGAGUAGCAACGGAACAGCCGUUGCAUUAUCCUAGACUUGUUUGCAUUAUCACCGGCAAAGGACCGUUGAAGGAGAAGUUUAGUAAAAUUAUCGAGAGUAAACCGUGGCAAAAAGUGACCGUCCACAUGCCUUGGCUGGAGAACGAAGACUAUCCAAAGCUGUUGGCCAGCAGUGACUUGGGAGUGUGCCUGCACUACAGCUCCAGUGGGUUGGAUUUGCCGAUGAAAGUGGUCGACAUGUUCGGUUCCGGAUUGCCCGUUUGUGCCGUAGAUUUUGAUUGCAUAGAGGAACUGGUAAAGCAUGAGCAGAAUGGUUUCAUUUUCCGUGACCAUCAGGAGCUGGCAGAUCAGAUAGUUCACUGGUUUUACGACUUCCCGAACAAUAUUGCCCUUUCAAAUACGAAGCAGAACAUACAGAAACAUUUAAAGGAGUUUCAGUCAUUGCGGUGGACCGAAAACUGGAAAAAUGUAGCGCUGCCCAUAUUCAGAGAGUAGUCGAAUUGAUCACCGUUUCACUCACUUAUAUGCGGAUAGCUGGCGUAGAACAAAUUUAGGCUUCUAAACUAAUAAUGUACAUUUAAGAAAUGAACUGAUUUAAUAAAACAUUUUUGGA